AAAACGGUAUCAGAAUUUAUUACUCUGAAGUGCGCAUUCGCUCUGCUCAAUGUAGAAAUAAACUGUAUCUUUCUACAGUACAAUGUUGCAAUUCCAAAUCUUUCGAUGUCCGUGGUUUUUAAUUAGCGUCCUUGUACCGUGUUAUGGCAGCUUACAACCGGGCUUCUCUAAACUUCAGCGCGGCCACAGACUGGACCGGAAACUGAUCCAAUCAUUCACAGAAGUCAGUUUCCUGGACUGUGUGUUAGAAUGUCUGGUUAGACCACGGUGUAAAUCUGUAAACUAUUACAAAGGGGCUAAUUUCUGUGAAAUCAAUUACGAAAAAAAGACGACAGCAGAGACUAGGUACAUGGAGAGUGCUGGAUGGGUAUACAGUGAAAAGGAGCACUGGCCAAAGGAGCUGGCUGGAGCUUGUUCGAACUCAACCUGUGGAAUCAACCAGACAUGUAAACACAAGACAUAUUCCGAGGAUAAAUUCUUUGAAUGUGUUUUGUCAGGUUGUGGAAUACCCGAUCUAAAAGGAAUAGACCUGAAUAUAACACGACGUGAGGACGCCAUUGGUAUACACAGGAGGAUACACGCCUCGUGUGCUGACGAAUACUCCCAGUCUGGUUCAGGACGGCUGAUCUGUCAGUCAAACGGAGAGUGGAAAUACGACAUUGUUUGUGAAGUUCUGCCGAACAUCGCAUUAGGAAAAUGUGCCAAACAAUCAUCAACGAAAACUGACUAUGACGCCGCGUUUGCAGUGGAUGGCAACAGAGGAACAGAUGUUGGUGUAGACAAGUGUGCACACACAGGUGAUGGCGACAGAUAUCCCUGGUGGAGGGUGGAUCUACAGGCUGUGUACUCCAUCACAUCUGUCAGAAUACUCAACAGAGGAAUAGAUAAAUACGGAAUAGAUUUGUCAUACCAGCUGCGUGAUGUUAACGUCACUGUAGGGCUGUCAGAAUCUGAUGUCAACACUCCCUGUGGUUUCUUUGCUGGUCCCGGUACUGCGUCACAGCUGGUCGUCAUCAACUGUCCGACGUUACCAGAAGGGAAGUUCGUUAAGAUCUCCAAAACAACUGAGUUUCUCACUCUUUGUGAGGUUGAUGUGUUUGGUGUUCCCGUCUUAUCAUCAUUGAUUGGUGUCAUAGAUGUCUAAUAUUCAUAAAAGCUGAUGACCAAGCUGAAAUGUUGCCGACUCCAGAUACAUGUAUAUGUUUGCGCAUAUAGAGGAAUUGAUUAUCUGUUCCUAUUUAAUGUAACUUUUCAAAUCGCUUUAAGUUAAAAUUCUACCUUAUUUAUACCUAUAUAUGUCUUUGCUUUUAAUGUUACAUUUUUGACUUUUAGUUAUAAUGCUACUUACAUUGGAUAUAACUGUUAAGCUUGUUAAUGUACCUUUAUAUUUAAUUGAACACUUUUAAAUAACUUUGAUCAC